AUGCCGACUUCAGUACCGGCUGCGCCUGCCGCCUGCCCUCCUAAUCGUCAAAAACCUGCUCGGACGCGCACGAAAAAACGUGUGGUCAAGCUUGAUCAACAGCACGGCAUUGCCGCGGCGCGAAUUUUCAUGGACGAGAUUGCGUGCCUUGUAUCCCCCGUCUUUGAGUCUCCAGUGUGCACGCAGUGCGGCCAUGUCCUGAGAGGCAGGGUGACGCAUCAUCUGUUCAAAAAGCACCAUGUGCGCUGCAGCCAAGAAGAUAUUGAUGCAGCCAUGGCACUCCUGCGCCCGCUGCAGCCCGAGGAGCCGCUGAUCGACCUUGGGGCAGAAUCUGAGCCUCGGAUGCCUAUUGAAGGCAUCCCCAUUCUGGACGGUGUGGGUUGCCCCCUGUGUCAGGCAUGCUUCACGACAAAAGGCAGUCUGUGGAAUCACAUCGUAGCUGAGCAUCCCGACGAUCCAGAGGCCAAGCAGCCGCCUCGACGAGUCAAGCUGCAAAAGCCGCUGCGUGGUGCUGGGGCCCGCUGUGUCGAGGUCAUUGUGGAGGAAAGCCACGACGCCUCGGCAGCCGAUGUGAGCGAAAAUGAGGAGGAGCUGGAGGAGCAGCAGCGGUUCAAGCAGUUUAUCUCAAGCACCCAGGCCAUGGCCUCGGAGGCUGAGGAUAAGCGAUGCCCGCACGGCGUUCACCAGAUGCAUCCGUUCUACGACAGCGUGGGCAUGACGCUGGUCAUAGUCGGGCAUGCAUGA